CUGGGAUCUUCACAGGUGCUGCUGGUGGUGUUGUGUCUCAUCAGCCAUGCAGUUCUACAGCAUUCAUCAGUGUGUCCUCUUCUUCCUCAUCUUCAUGUUUAUCACUGCUCCUACUCUGGCUUUCACUACUGUAAUGGUGAAGCUGAAACAGCCUGCGGUUCUUCCCUGUAAACAGAACUGCUCUGAUUCUCUCCGAUGGACUGUGAUCGAUAAACCACGUCUUAGUGUGGCUGAGUGUAAUCAGACAUCAUGCUGGUCAAAGGAGGGGUUUAACAUGUCUCAUGAUCAGUAUCUGAAGGGAGAUUUAUCUCUCACCAUCAAUGCAGCUGAUUACAGUAACAGGGGUUUGUACACGUGUGAAUGUGCUGGUGAAGAGGUCAAUACUGUACAGCUCAGCAUUGAGACUUUGAUGCGGUUAUCUAAUUUAAAGUCUGGAGAAGAUUUGAUCCUACACUUACACAAAUCAGACUACACAGAGUUGAUUUAUAAAAGUAAAUAUUCACAUGAUCUGUACGGUGAACAGAUCUGCAAUGUGACUGAAGACUCACUUCAGUGUAAUGAUGAAUAUAAACACAGAGCACUACUGAAAGACUCAGAUCUAAUACUGAAGAAUCUAAAACCAUCAGAUAGUGGAGUUUACACCAUCCGGGACACACUGUAUAAAUACAUCAUUCUUAUUUGCACUCUCUCUGUGAAAGAUAAUGCAAUUACCCAAAUAAAGCUGAAGCAUCAUGGGUCUGUUACACUCAACUGCACACGGAAUUGUACUGGUUUGGUUGAAUGGAUCAAUAAGAAUAAUAAACAUGUGGUGGCUUGGUGUAAUCAGACAUCAUGCAACACAGAGAAGGGAUAUAAUAUAUCUCAUGAUCAGUACCUGAAGGGAGAUCUGUCUCUCACCAUCACUGAUGCUUAUUACAGUAUGAGGGGUGAAUACUGCUGCAUGUGUAAUGAGAAGUGCAUCAAUGAAAUUAAUGUCUCCGUUCAGACUGAGAACUCUUCAGUUCAGUUGAAGCCUGGUGAAAAUCUGCUCAUGGAUUUGCCCAGAAGAGAGUCAGUGGAGGUGAUUUAUAGAAGCACCAGGAGUGUUGCUGAUGAUGCGGACGGUAAAAACAUCUGUAUAUUCGAAGACGAUUUUCUGGAGUGUAUUGAUGCAUACACACGCAGGAUAUCUCCAGUUCUCAAACUGGAACAUGUGAACCUGACUGACAGUGGAGUUUACACCAUCCAGAGCAGGAACACUCAGGAAGCAUUUCUCGUCUACAACGUGUCUGUAAACAACUACUCGAAGACCAGCCAAGACCAGAUGAAAAUAUCUAUUUUUCAUAUUUGGUGUUUGGGGUGGUGGCUGAGCUGGGAGUUCUCAUAGUCGCUACAGUGUGCAUUUGCCAGAAGUGCAAAGGGAAGGACGGUGUGAAGAAUGAAGUUCAGUAUCGUCCUGUUUGAUAAGUUAUUCUAGAAACGAAUGUAAUCUAAGCAUGAUGUGUUGAUCAUGUAUGAAUGACUUCUAUCAUUAGUUUAUUAAUAACCUCACUGUAACUAAAAACUGUAUUUAUUCCUGUACCUG